AUGGAGCCGAAAAUUGUGAAGGAAGGAUGGCUCCACAAAAGAGGUGAGCAUAUCCCCAACUGGAGGAAAAGAUACUUCAUACUCCGGGACGAUGGGUCGCUGAUCGGUUUCAAAAAUCAGCCAAAACCAGGACAAUAUUCCGAUCGCCUGAACAACUUUACUGUCAAGGGGUGUCAGGUGAUGUGUCAAGAAAGGCCCCGACCGUAUACUUUCAUUCUUCGUGGCUUGCAAUGGACCCAAGUUAUCGAGCGCAUAUUCUCGGUGGACUCCAAUGAAGACCGGGUGAAGUGGGUGCAAGCCAUCGAGUUUGUUGACCAGAAUCUCCACCAGGAUAUCGAGAUGGCAGAGGACGCGUCUAUGUUGGAGCAUAGCAAUCAACGUGACAGAUAUGACGCUCUAUUCCGCAAAGAUCGCCAGUCAAAGAUAACACUCGAUAAAUUCGAGCUUAUUCGAGUGCUGGGCAAGGGGACCUUCGGAAAAGUCGUUCUGUGUCGCGAGCGAUCAACAGAUCAACUGUACGCCAUCAAAAUACUCAAGAAGCAGGUGGUGAUAACCAAGGACGAAGUGGCCCACACGUUGACAGAGAGUCGAGUCCUCCAAACUACAAAGCAUCCGUUCCUCAUCUCCCUCAAAUACUCUUUCCAAACAGUAGAUCGACUGUGCUUUGUGAUGGAGUACGUCAACGGCGGUGAAUUGUUCUUCCAUCUAUCAAGGGAGCGGAUAUUCAGUGAGGAGAAAACCCGGUUUUACGCCGCCGAAAUCCUCCUGGCCCUUGAGUACCUUCACGAGCAAGGAAUAAUAUACCGGGAUCUCAAAUUGGAAAAUCUCCUACUCGAUCGAGAGGGCCACAUUAAAAUAGCUGAUUUUGGACUCUGCAAAGAAGACAUGACUUUCGGCGGCACCACUAGGACGUUCUGCGGUACGGCCGAAUAUCUCGCACCGGAAGUUCUCGACGACAAAGACUACGGACGCGCCGUUGACUGGUGGGGAUUAGGGGUGGUGAUGUUCGAGAUGAUGUGCGGUCGGUUGCCUUUCUACAGCGGCAACCAAGAGGUUCUCUUCGAAUGGAUAGUCGCCAGAGAAGUGCAGUUCCCGCCGACUCUCAGCACGGAUGCGAACACGCUCUUGCGAGGCCUUCUCACCAAGGAUCCGAAGCUCCGUCUUGGAGGAGGGAAGCGUGACGCGAAGGACAUCAAAGAGCAUGCGUUCUUCCGCUGCAUGCCUUGGGAGCGAUUGCUGGCCCGGAAAGUGACACCGCCCUUCAAGCCUCAGGUUACAUCAGACACAGAUACGCGGUACUUCGAUCAAGAGUUCACGGGAGAAAGCGUCAAGCUGACCCCUCCUGAAAACCAAGGAGCCGACGCCCUGAACUCUAUAUCAGAAGAAUCUGAACAGCCGUACUUUCAGCAAUUCUCGUACCAGGGGGGCUCCUCGACAAUGGAGAAUCGGGCACAUUCGGUUUCGAACUCUUGUAAUGAUCUCAGCCGGAAUAAGACCAAGUAUGACAUCGGAUUCACUAUAGAUCGACUCCAUUCACCAAUGGACAAAUGGAGAGCGUAA